GGAGGCGCUACAAUGUAGCUGGCGGAUCCGGCGCUCGGUUACAAUGUAACUGCCUGGAGGGGCUCGCGCGUGCUCCGGGGGCGCACCCGGCGGGGAACAUGGAGCCAGCGGGCAGCUCCGGAGUUUCCAAGUGGGACAUCCGAAACAAAAUCUGGGAUUACAUGGAAGCAAAUAACCUGGCUGAUUUUCCAAGACCGGUCCACCAUCGGAUCCCCAACUUCAAGGGAGCCUCUCUUGCCUCAGCACGAUUUCCAGAUUUGUGGGAAUUCCAGAGUGCCAGGACAGUUAAAGCCAACCCUGACUCUCCCCAGAAGGACAUCCGUUUUUUAACCCUGGAAGCCAGAAAAACACUCCUGGUGCCCACCCCUCGGCUGCGUACUGGGCUGUUCAACAGGAUUGUCCCUCCUCCUGGAGCAACUAAGGAGACACUCAGAAAAUGUGCCACCUCCCAAGGUGUCAGAGAUUAUAGUGUCCCCAUAGGGCUAGAUGCAAAAGUCCAUGUGGACCUGAUUGUGGUAGGAUCUGUGGCUGUUUCUGAGAAAGGCUGGCGGAUCGGGAAAGGAGAAGGCUUCGCAGACAUGGAAUAUGCCAUGAUGGUUUCUAUGGGAGCCAUAGGACAGAGUACAAUGGUGGUCACAGCUGUCCAUGAUUGUCAGGUAGUGGAUAUCCCAGAAGAACUUCUGGAUGACCAUGAUCUAACUGUCGAUUAUAUCCUUACCCCAACAAGAAUCAUCAAGACAGAAUGCAAACGGCCAAAGCCUUGGGGAAUCAUGUGGCAUAAGAUCAGUCAUGAAGUGCUGAAAAAAAUCCCAGUCCUCAAGAUUCUUCAUUGCAGAGAGAAACAAGAAGGCAAAGAUGUUUUCCUCAAAGGUGAACAGCCUGAUACUUUGACCGCUGGGAAGUCACCAAGAGUAGCCCAUGAGAAUUGUCCAGGAAGCCUCAAGUCGCAGGGUGAGACCCGCUUGGUCCAACCAAGGCAAGAAGAGGGGGCUGUAUCAGAUGAAAGAGGCCACCUCAAUGUUCCUGCCACUGUCUACAUUGGCAGCAUCCCACCCAGAACCAGGGUGAGUGAGCUAAAGGAUGCCCUCCGAAAGCACCACGUGACCCCAGCGAGGCUCACCUGGCGUGGUGCACAACACCAGGCCUUUCUCAGCUACAGUGAUAAAUCCGAGGCUGAAAGUGCCAUUACAGCACUGCAAGGCUUAACUCUCCAAGGGGGCUUGCUGCGUGUCGAACUGGCUAGGAGCCAGUGUGGCAAACUGGCUCCUAGGCCCCGUUAAUGGAGAGGGCCUGCUGCAACCGAUGAAGACACCACAGCCUGAUGGUGGAACCAUCCAAGAGUUUGCCCCUUUGCUGAGAUGGCCUGCUUAAGAUGAGGGUCUGGUGCAUCCAAAUUCUUUGAUUAUUUGCAUGAAAAUGAUUCUCUUGGCCCUCUGACGUUUUCACACCGUUCAGGGGAGGAGGUACCUACGUCUGUAGUCUUCUGGAUACAGUUGAAUUAACACUCGUAGCAUCCUUCCUGAUGGUCACGGUUGCUGGCGAUGGACAUUCAGCAAAAUUUAAAGGGCUGUAAUUAGUAUAUGUCCCACACACACACACACACACACCACAAGGCAACAAUGAUUCAGAGUUUUGUUGUCCAUGUCCUUAGAAGAGGAGGGAAGGCUUGGCCUUCAUGGCAAGACCCGGAGGUGGCAAUAUGGUCUAUUGCAGGGUUCCUCAACCUUGGCAACUUUAAGACGGGUGGACUUCAACCCCCAGAAUCCCCCAGCCAGCAGACGGA